AUGGCGCGGCGGGCCCCACCGCGCGGCGCCGCACGUACGCCUGCAGCCCGCAGUGCGGAGCGGGGCUGCGGGCAGCGCUGCCCGGGGCCCGAGGGGCUGCGACGGCGCCGGCCGGGCACCGGCCCUGCCCGCACGGAACGCCUCGCCGCGCUCCAGGACCUCGCACUGCCCUCGAAGCACAUGGAGGGCGCUUCAGAUCGCUGCUUUCCCACCCUUGCCCUUUCUCUGCCUUUCGUCCCUUCUUUUGCAAGACCUCGUCCAGGCUGUGAGAUGCCCGACGGUGCUUGCUUAUCACCUCGGCAAAACCGCAGACAUUAUCCGGUGCCUCUAAAGCCCUUCCCCGCUGGCGGUGAGCGGCCGUUCCCCUGCACGUGGCCCGACUGCCUUAAGAAGUUCUCCCGCUCCGACGAGCUCACGCGGCACUACCGGACCCACACCGGCGAGAAGCAGUUCCGCUGCCCCCUCUGCGAGAAGCGGUUCAUGCGCAGCGACCACCUGACCAAGCACGCCCGCCGCCACACCGAGUUCCACCCCAGCAUGAUCAAGCGAUCCAAAAAGUCCGGCUCCAGCAGCUCCUCGUGA